UGGUUCAUUUUGCAGCAGAGCAGCAACGACAGCAGAAUGGCUUUUUUUAAGCGUCUAUUUGGGUUUGGGUCCCCAGAACGUACAGUUUGUGUCUCCGUGGCUCCGUCUCCACCUCCAAAGGCAGAGUCUCCAACUCUGGGUGAACCGUGGAGGGAACUAGACUGGGGAGAAAAAGAGGAGAACCUUAAAUAUGUGCAGGAAUACAAACCAGAACAAGAUGACAUCAGGUACCUCCGGGUCCUCCUUUACGGACCCGUCGGAGCUGGGAAGUCCAGUUUCAUUAACUCUGUCAGUAACGUCCUGAGAGGUCGGAUGACAAUUCCUGCUUUGGCCAGCGCGACCACGUCUGAUAAAAGCUUCACCAAAAAGUAUGAAACUCAUAAAUUCAAUAAAGGACGAGGAAGUGCAAAGACAUUUUUCCCUCUGGUCUUCAACGACUUCAUGGGACUGGAAGAUGGAACCAACAGGGGAGUUCAUGCUGACGACAUCAAACUGGCUUUGGAAGGUCAUCUGAAGGAAGGUUAUGAGUUCAACCAAGUUGCUCCAAUAUCUCAGGAUGACCCAGGCUACAACCCGACCCCCUCUGCUGAUGACAGAGUUCAUGUCCUGGUCUGUGUGAUGUCUGCCAACACUUCUCAGAUGAAUUCAUCAGUUCUGGAGAAGAUGAAGAGCGUCAGAGAAACAGCCAGAGACCUGGGAAUUCCUCAAAUGGCCAUGAUGACACGUAUAGAUGAAGCCUGCUGUGAAACUGACAAAGACUUAAGGAUUGUCUACAAGAGCAAGUACCUGAGAAAAAAGAUGAAAGACUUCAGCUCAGCAGUGGGAAUCCCCAUGAACUGCAUCUUUCCUGUGAAGAACUACAGUGAAGAAAUCGACAUGAACGAUGAUGUUGAUACUCUGAUCCUGAGCGCUCUGAUGAAAAUGGUCGACUUUGGAGACGACUUCAUUGAGAAGACUAAAUCUGAUAUGUAGAGAAAACAGUGAGGUGUAGCAGGCUCAGUUCCAUAUACUGUAUAUGUACAGCACACAAUGAAAGCUUCAUUAUGUUAUGUAGGUUAAGUCUUUUUAAAUUUGGAAUCCAGUUUUGGACUUGAGAUGUUUAACAGAACAACUUUUCUGUCUUUUAAGUUAUUCUAUCAAUGGAUAAAAACUUAAUGUUUUAUUUUUAAGUGAACUUGGUUAGGUCAUUAUAACAACAGAAAUUACUACUGGGAGCUGAUCCUCCCACUUUAUAUAAAAUCAGGACAGGCACAAGCGAUGGGUGUUGCAAUGUGAUUUAAAAUCUCAAUGCAAGGUAAUAAUAGGAAGGUUUUUAAUCAAAGGAAUAGACAGAAUUUGUUUUAAAUCAAACUCAAAAUUGCUUACUGUUGUUAAGAUUUUUUAAUUUUCUUAAAAUGCAAAAUCAUUUUCAAACACUUCUGUUACAUUUACUUGAUCUUUUUGUUUUAUCAGAUGUAUUUCAUCGCUGCUUCUCAUGUAAAGCACCUUAAAUAACCAUGUAUGCAAAGAGGCUGUAAAAAUAUCUUGCUUUGCCUUUUAUUUAUUAUCAAUUUCAGAUUGCGUCAGUAGCUGCUAUGCACGAUGAUACAACGCUAAGCAUGUCUGGCCAUUUGUGUUGAUUGGAGAUUGUGUCAUUUUGAUGUAAGAGGGAGAUUCAGUGUUCUGUCAGAAGUUUGAAUAAACUUCAUUAUUAUCCCCUCCUAAACUUGUCAGUUUAAUAACUCUCGGUUCCUACCCGAAGUAGAGAUGAAACAAAUAGCAUAUUUUUUGCUUUAAUUUGGUUAUGUGAAGAAGCAUGGUUUACAAUUUGGCACAUUUCAUUGAUUGUAUUCUUCUGCUGUAAAAUAACAGGAACACUAGGGUCACAGGUGGCGCUGUUGUUUCAAAUUUCCUAUCUUUUUUUUACAAACACUGAAUAAAAAGAUACGUAGACUUUUUUCAUUUGUGCCUAAUAUUAAGGCAGAUCAAACAUCUCUUGCUUUACGUCAGUCAGAAUGACCAAAAUGAUUUCUAUUUGAUAAAUGCCACAUUAAUGGGACAGGAUAUAGAUUUAUUUAUUGAUAUCUUAAACAUCUGAAACUUACAGAAUGAUAACUGUCUCUUUAAACAGUUAGGGAAACCCAAGAUGAUGAUGUCAUGACUUUGGAAACGUCUGAUAGGUUAACUGACAUGUGGAUGUAUUUUAACCCUCCUGUUAUGUUCUUUUCUAGGGUACAGCAAAAAUGUUCGUGG